UAAAAAAAUGCGCUGACGUCACGUCUGUGUGUAAACAACCGUUGGGACAUUUAAACUCCGCGAGCUGUCAAAGACACGAACCGAACUUACUGCAGGUUCUUCACCCUGUUGGGAUAUUAUGCAGCAUGAGUCUUCAUGGAUGACGCCCAUGUUCAUCCUCUGUGAAGGAACAAGACCCUCCCUGAAACCAUCGGAGAACUCUCAGAACUUUGCAGAGAUGCUGCCGACAGAGAUGAGCGUGAGGAUCUUCGGGGAGCUGGACACAGAGAGCCUCUGCAGCGCCUCACGGACCUGCAGACUGUGGCACCACAUCAUCGAGCAGAGCGAGCAGCUGUGGCGGCAGCAGUGUUCACUCGUUCGGGCCGUCUGUCAGAGGGAAGUGGACCGAGACCGGAGGGAUGGUCUAUCCUGGAAGGUGACUUUGGUGAGGAACUUCACUCGCAGCCGUGUGAAGGCGGACUGGCUGAGAGGACGAUACAGCGGCGUGCGCUCUGCUGAUGAGCUCGGGAGGAGCAUGACGCCCCUGGACGUCGAGACGUGGGGGGAGAUCCUGCAGGCAGAGCUGGAUCGGUGAUGCUGUCGGAGUUUGACCCACAGCCACUGAAACAUUUGACUCUAAUGUACAUUUUCUUCUUUUAUUUUAAUGAAAGACAAUUGUUCAUAUAGUUAAGAUUUUUUUUUAAAGAAAAAAUAAUGGAAAAUGUUUUGAUGUAAAUAGAGCUGCAAUAAA